AGCAGCAAACCACAGCCCGGCAGCUUAACACACCCAUUCUUCUUUCCCUCUCUGUCUCUUUCUCAUGUCAUUGUGACUUGAACACACAUCUGACCUCGAGGACCAUACAGGAGAAAGUCAGAAGGAAAGGAGAGAAUAUCACCAAGAUUUGGAGAAGAAGAGCAUUUCAACAGCAAUCUGCACCCCUCUGUGUGUUUGUCUCCUGCUGCUCAGUAUGGGCUCUGUCCAGAGCAGUGACAAGCUCCACUGUAACCGCUAUCUGAACGGACAGGGUCCUCCAUCACUGAUACAACAAGCUAAUGAGGAGGUGAAUGGAAUAUACAGCGUAGUGAAUGGCUGCCAGCCAGAGGGCCAGAUGACCUGGGUGACCCUCUGCAGAGACCUGCCAGGAUUCCCUAAUGACAACACCCUACAGAUCAACUACAUAUUCCCAGAUGGAAUACAGACAGUGAAACACCCUCACCCUGGCGAGCCUUAUUCAGGGCUGCGGCUCUGUGCUUACUUGCCUGACAACCGUGAGGGCAAUAGGGUUCUCAAGCUGCUGGAAAAGGCCUUUGACCAGAAGAUCCUGUUUACUGUUACCACCAAUCAAGACGGAAGCGAUGUUGUCACAUCCUCCAUACCCCUAAAAAUACAACCAGAUGGAGGGAGCAGAGAUGAUGGCUACCCAGACCCUGACUACUUGAAGACUGUGAGAAAGCUACUGAAGGAUAAAGGCACUUAAUAAUGCACGACACACACUGCUGGAUGGACAGAUGAAGGCAGGAACUAUGAAACUACAAUUUACUUCAGAGUAGAACCUGUGCUGUACAUGACUACUAGAAAAUGUCUUUUAUAAAACAGUAUCUGAUAUUUGUUGUUGUCAGUGCGUAACAUUGAGUGUAACCUGUGUAUUACUACAUUACAGUAGCUCUUGGGGUUGAAAUAUACAGAGCUGUGCAAAAGUUUUAGGGCACUUUAGAUUUUUAGACUCUUACCAUCAGGGAGGCACCCAACUGGUCCUAGAUGUAUUUUGCAGUAGGAGAUUGGUACCUAGUUUUAAUGUUGUGGCAUUCUGCCAUAAAUGGGCAACAUCCCUGUAUAUGUGAAGUGAGUAUUUCAAUCAAAUACGACAGGGAAGAGUCUCAACUUCUCUUAGUGAGCAGAAACACUGGCUUACACAAUUCAUUGUUGUUUAAAAUGUAAUGUAUUAUGGUAGAUACCAAGUUUAAAAUUGUGGAUAGAGUGAAACGAACAAGUCCUAUUAAAUGAUUGUUUAAGUGACAGUAAAGUUUAUAUGUUCUUUGGAAUCACAGUAAUCUUCUAAUGUCUUUUUUUCAGAUUUUGUUCCACAGAUCAAAAUCAGAAAUUGUUACAUUAUGUGGAAUUAAAAAAUAAUUUUGCAA